UCUAAUAAACAGUCGAGGUGUGUUGUGUCAGAUAGCUAUCUUAGGUUAGGUGUAUUGCACAGAGUUUCCUGGGAUCCUCCCUGGUAGUACAGCGCUGUGAGCAGCUUAAGAAAAGCCACAACAACCUACAGGCCGGGUUAAUUCUGGCCAGGAUCCUAAAAAAAGUUGUGGCGAGUAGUACUGGGAUGGCGGGCAGUGGUUCUACUGGGCCGUGGUCGAGGGUCUACGCUGACGUCAAUGCUCACAAGUCCAGAGAGUACUGGGACUACGAGUCACAUCCCAUUGAUUGGGGGAACCAGGACAACUACCAGAUUGUACAGAAGUUAGGACGUGGUAAAUACAGUGAGGUGUUUGAAGCCAUCAAUGUCGUCAAUAACACAAAAGUGGUCAUCAAGAUACUCAAGCCUGUCAAAAAGAAGAAGAUCAAACGUGAGAUAAAGAUCCUCGAUAAUCUUCGUGGGGGACCUAACAUUAUCACCCUCCUGGAUGUUGUCAAGGACCCAUGGUCCCGGACUCCUGCACUUAUCUUUGAGCACAUCGACAACACAGACUUUAAGACGCUGUACCAGAAACUAACAGACUACGACAUUCGCUACUACUUGUACGAGCUCCUGCGGGCAUUAGACUACUGCCACAGUAUGGGCGUCAUGCACAGAGACGUGAAGCCUCACAACGUCAUGAUCGACCAUCAGAACAGGAAGCUGCGACUUAUUGACUGGGGCCUUGCCGAGUUCUACCAUCCAGGACAAGAGUAUAAUGUCAGAGUAGCCUCUCGUUACUUCAAAGGCCCUGAGUUACUAGUAGACUAUCAGGAGUAUGACUACUCUCUGGACAUGUGGAGCUUUGGAUGUAUGCUUGCCAGCAUGAUAUUCAAGAAAGAGCCUUUCUUUCACGGCCAUGAUAACUAUGACCAGUUGGUGAGGAUCGCCAAGGUGUUAGGAACGGAGGAGUUGUACGACUAUAUCGACCGGUACAAGAUUGACCCAGAUCCUCGCUAUCAGGACACACUCAUGAGACAUUCUCGCAAACGUUGGGAGAAGUUUGUACACAGUGAGAACCAGCACCUAGUGAGUAGGGAGGCUCUGGACUUGUUGGACAAGCUGCUACGUUACGACCAUCGAGAGAGACUGUCAGCAAAGGAGGCCAUGGACCAUCCUUACUUCUAUCCUGUGCUAAAGGAGGCCACAGCCAAUGCUAGUGGAGUUGCCACGCCCCUUCCUGUGGGUGCAAGUGCCACUGCCCCCGUCCUCCCACCACCUGACGAGAAGCAAGAGACAACAGCUGCUCCCAACGGAGCCUCACAAUGAGAACAUUGCACUCUCCACAUUUGAUGUAUUUAUUAUCUCUAACUGUGAUUUUAGGUUGUGCAUUAUUUGUAUUAUUUUCUGUGAAUUGCACUACUACUGCUACAACAUGUAUUCUAAUUAUUA